AUGACGCGAAUAACACAAAACUGUAGUCCAAAGUACAUGAGAAGAGCAUAUGUGUCGGCCAUCGAACUUUUAGAAUUUAACUUGAGUGUAAAUAUUUAUAUACUAGACGAAUACAAUAAUACGCUUGAAGUGCAUUAUACUAUAUUUAGCACCAAAAAGGAUAAAGCAAACGUUUCGGAUUAUCAGAAUAUCAUUCGUUUUUAUCUGUACACGAGAAAUAAACCUCAUGAUUCUGUACAACUACGCAUUGGUGAUACUGACAGUUUGAGACUCGGUCAAUUUGAUCCGAAGAUACCAACGAUAUUUGUCACCCACGGAUGGUCAAAUUCUCACCAGAGUCAAUCAUGUAUCUACGUUCGGGAUGCUUAUCUCCAGCAUGGUGAGUAUAAUGUCAUCUUAAUCGAUUGGAGUGCUGUAUCGAUGGGUACAUACGCUUCGGUAACCAGUCAAGUUGUGCCUGUCUCACAAUACAUCGCUCGCAUGAUCGACUUUCUCGGAACCCAAGGAGUAGAUUCAUCUAAUAUAACAGUAAUUGGUCAUUCUGUUGGUGCUCAUAUUGCUGGUCUUUCAUCUUAUUACGCGAAGAAAAAAGCGAAUUACGUUGUCGGUUUGGAUCCAUCGGCUCCCUAUUUCUACAACAAAAGUCGUGAUUCACAAAUAUCUAAAUACGACGCGACGUACGUGCAAGUGAUUCACACAAGCAGUGUUGCUGGUAUAAGUGACCGAAUUGGUGACGUCGAUUUUUAUGUCGACGGUGCACUGCAACAGAAUGGUUGUUACAAUAUUGAAUUGUGUUCUCACUGGCGAGCCUACGAGUACUUCGCCGAAUCCGUAAAGAGCGGAGGUUUUUUGGCUCGAAGAUGCAAUAACUUCUUUGAUUACGAACUCGGUAAAUGCGAGUCGAAUGAUGUUGCUUACAUGGGUGGUGCUGUACUAGACCAUAACGCUAAGGGAGCGUAUUAUUUAACCGUGAAUGCGAAACCACCGUUUGCAAGGAAUAAUCCUGAUGCACUGAAGAAUGAUACAACAGAAGUUUGA